UCCACAGGGCAGCUCUGCCCCACUGACUCUCCCCUGAGAGGCCAGAUAGGAGUGCCACACUGGGGCGAGGCAGGAGGGGGGAAUCGGCGUGAAAAGCAAAGAGCAGAGAGGAGGAGCCAUUCCCCCAGAGUGCGUCUAAAAUGAACCUUCCUCUGGAACGGUCCGAGCUGUCGCCGAGUCGCCCUUUCAUCAGCUCUCGUCCCGCGACCCCCUCCCCUCCAGGUCCCACAGCUGGGACGGGGGUCCAAAUGUCAGUGGUCCAGCAAGAGGGGUAUUAUUGGGAGUGUACCACGCGGCCCAGGCAGGCUGCUCAGGGAUGUGCUGCUCCAGUACCGACCUGGCCUGAAACAGCACCGGGUGGGGGAUGGACCGCAGGUUCGACACCUGCUUCUGCGACGAGGCCUGUCGGAGGACCAGGGACUGCUGUUUCGACUAUCGCAGCUUGUGUCCAGUCCAGCUGUGUGUGGUCGACCCCUUGAGCUACUGGAGCGGCUGUUCCCAGCCCUGCCAGGUGACCUUCCGCGAACGCCCGCGGCGUGUCCAGCAGGAGCCCAGCAGGAGCCCAGCAGCGCCAGCAAAGCCUGCCCCCCCCCCCCCCGCUGGUGCCUGGAGUACCUCGACCACCAGGGGCAGAGCUGUGCUCUGGACAGAGGUCCUGCCUUCAACACUUCGGCUAAGUAUGGCAGGGGGCGGAGCCAAAAGGACAUAUAAGGAGAUCCGGCAGGCCAAGGCCUGGGGGGAUAAUGGUAACUCAUCGCUGACCACCGUGUGA